AUGGGAUCUUAUAUUUGCUUCGCUUUCCUUGGCGUUGCCUUUCACCUGUCCAUACUGCCAUUGGAGAUUGACUAUCAGAUUCUACGCCUACUUUGCCUUUUCAUAGCCAUAUGGAUAACCCUAGUCUGUGUCAACUGCCAAUAUUACGAUGCAGCUCUCCUCUCAGCCAUCAAAACAGUUUUCAGCAUGACCUUUUGUUUCACGACAGGUUUAACAACAAGCAUGAUCAUCUACCGAGCUUUUUUCCAUCGCCUGAGAAAUUUCCCCGGCCCGUUUGCCGCGAGAAUAAGCAAACUCUACGCUUUCACCUUGCAGUGGAAAAGCUGGCAGCUCUUCUCGGAUCAAGUUGCCUUGCAGCGCAAGUAUGGAGAUUUCGUUCGCACUGGCCCCCGAGAGAUUACUAUCUUUCACCCUUCAGCGAUACCCAUCAUCUAUGGCUCGCAGUCACCUUGCAUCAAGUCCGCAUGGUAUCAUCAGGUCUCCAGACUCGACACCGAAACUUCAGUAAACACCACGCGAGACCCGGCAUUGCAUCGUCUGCGGAGGCGGGCGUGGGAUCGGGGAUUGGGUGUUAAAGCCCUCGCCCAAUACGAGUCGCGAAUAAUCUCCAAAGCCGAGUCACUCAUAACCGAACUAAAAUGCCGACUUAACAAACCUCUCAACAUAUCCCAAUGGACUAUGUUCUACUCGUUCGACGUGAUGGGCCUGGUAGGAUUCAGCCACGAUUUCAAACAGCUUGAAACCGCCACCGAGCACUACGCUAUCAAAGGCAUGCACGACCAGCUGUUCAUGCUAGGCCUUCUUAACCAGAUCCCUUGGCUUUCGUACCCGCUAAAUGCACUCCAACCACUCAGUGGUGGAUUUGGAUCGUUCAAGAUGUAUUGCAGUCAAAUGGUCAAGGAGAGACAACAGGCAUACAACCACUCCCCCGACAAAACCCCCCAAGACAUCAUCUCCUGGCUCCUCAAAGCCCAAGCCGAGAAAGACCGCUCCGCACCACCCACACCCAAAGCCCUCCACGAAGACUCCAACGUCCUCAUCCUCGCCGGAAGCGACACAACAGCCACCACCCUGGCCUGCGCCCUGCACUACCUCGCCACCCACCCAACCAUCUACAAAACCCUGCAAUCCCACCUCGACCAUCUCUUCCCCAACCCAACCCACCCCCCCACCUACACUAAACUCCGAAACAUCCCCUACCUCGACGCUAUCCUCAAAGAAACCAUGCGUCUGAAACCAGCUGUUCCCAGCGGUCAACCGCGCGUGACUCCACCGGAGGGUCUAUAUAUCGGGGACGUCUAUAUCCCAGGUGCUAUCAACGUUCUUGUCCCGCAAUAUGCCGUGCAUCGCGAUGAGCGGUUUUUUCCUCAAGGAGGGGAGUUUGUACCCGAGAGGUGGAUUACCACCGACCCGUCCUUGGGUGUAGAUGAACGGGCGUAUUUUCCGUUCCAGAUUGGUCCUCGGGGAUGUGUCGGGAAGGAAUUCGCGAUGAUGACGAUGCGGGUUUUUGUUGCUUGUGUUGCGUUGAAUUUUGAUGUUGAAUUGGUGCCCGGGGAGGAUGGGGUGGGGUUUGAUACGGGGGCGAGGGAUUAUUUGGCGUUGGAUGUUGGGGAGUUGGGGUUGGUUUUGUCGGAGAGGGGGGGGUAG